UUUUUAAAUAAAGCUGCACAGUUAGUUGUAGAUUUAUUUCAAUGUAUUUCUGGCGGAAUUGUUUAAUUUUAGUUCUAUGUAUUCAAGCUCUAAAUGCAGAUCCAAUCAGAGGUGUACAAAGAAACACUCAAGAAAAUAAAAAACCUGAUAAAGAAAAGGGUAAUAAAAGGCAAUAUUUAGCAGACAAGAAAAAGAGUAAAGACGAUAACAAUGACCAAGUUGGUGAUGAUGAUUCAGUGAAUAAUAGUUUAGAUGAGAGAACAGGCAAUGAUGAUAAAAACACAGACAAUAAUCAAGAUAAAGAUACAGACAAGAAUCCAGAUAAAAAUACAGACAAUAAUAAAGAAAAAAAGAAAAGUGAAAACAAUGCUGAUCAAAAUGAAAGAAGAAAAGAUGAUGAAAAGAAUAUUUCAAGUGACAAUAAUCAAGAUGAUAAAGAAGAUAAUAAUUCUCAAGGGAUAGAAAAUUAUCAAGUAGAUAAGGACGAAAACAACCAAAAAGAUAACAAGGGAGAAGUUAAAGAUCAAGAUGGUAAAGAAUCUGAGGCUACAGGAGAAGACAAAUGUAAAUGUGAGAAACUAUUUUCUCAUGUGUGUGCUAAUGAUGGAAAGCAAUAUGAAAAUGAGUGUCUAGCACGAUGUGCUGGGGUGGAGAAAGCAUGUGACGGGUUAUGUCCCUGUUUAGCCAAAGAUGAUGAAACUAUAAAAAUAAAAGUAAAGAUAAAUGAGGAUAAAAAAGCCAAGAAAAAUAAAGGAAAUGAGGGGGAAAGUAAAGCCAAGGAAGAUAAGAAAGCCAACCAUAUUAUAGAUGUAAUAAUUGAAGGUGAAGAGGAUGAUAAAACUAUUUCUGGAGGUGAAUCAAAAUAUCGGUUGAAUCAAGAAAAUGUAGAAGAAGAAACUGAAGAUAAUGUAAAAGGUGAUGAAAAAGAUGGAACAAAAGGAAAUGAAAAAGAAGAAACUGAAGAUGGAACAAAAAGUGAUGUAACAGUCCAUAGAGGAGAUAAAGUGAAAGAUGAUAAAAAAGAGCAAACAAAAGAUGGAACAAAUGGGGAUGAGACAAAAGAAACUGAUUAUGAAACAAAAUAUGAUGAAAAAGAUGAUUCUGAAGAUGGAACUAAAGUUGAUGAAAAAGAGAAAGCUGAUAAUGGAAGAAAAGAUAAUGAAAAAUAUAAAACUGAUUAUGGAACAAAAGGUUAUGAAAAAGAGGAAUCUGGAGAUGAAACUAAAGGAAAUGAAAAAAAGAAAAUUAAUGAUGGAAUAUACAGUAAUAAACAUAAUAAAACAAAAGAUGAAGUAAAUAACCAUGAACAAAAUAAAUCAGAAGAUGAAAUGAAUGGUGAUGGAAAGAAACAAACAGAAGAAGAAUUGAAUCAUGAUGGAAAAGAUAAAACAGAAGAUAAAAUGAAUCAUGAUGGAAAAGAUAAAACAGAAGAUGAAAUGCAUGGUGAUGAAAAAAACAAAACAGAAGAAGAAUUGAAUCAUGAUAGAAAAGAUAAAACAGAAAAGAAAAUGCAUGGUGAUGAAAAAAGCAAAACAGAAGAUGAAAUGAAAAAUGAGAAACCAGAUAAAGCAGGUGAGGAAACAGGUAGAGAUAAAGUUAAGGAUGAAGAUGGUGAAGAAGCAGAUAAUUCUCAAACAGAAAAAUCAAAGAAAAAUCUAGAUCAGGAGGAUGGGAAGAAUAAUAAUGAAGGAGAAGAAGGAGGAAAGGGAAAAGGGGAGAUGAAUGAAAAAGAAAAUGAAGAAGGGGAUUCUGAAAAAAUGAAAAGUAAAAAAGGGAAAGGAAGAAAGGGUUACAGAGGUAGCAAAGGUAAAGGUGGAAGAGCAGGAAAAGAAGAAAGUAAGGAGAAUGGGAAAGGAGGAAAGGGUUAUAAAACAGAAGGAAAGCGUAAAUAAGAAGAUAAUGCUGGUGGAAAAGAAUAUAAUAAGAAAAAUAAUGGAAAAGAGAAAUAAAAUAGAAAUAAAAUCAAGCAAAAAAUAA